AUGGAGUCAUCUAAAGAGUUACGUUGUCGAGCUCCAGAAGACCCCGCCCUCUGCAUCAACGCUUGUGAUUUUUUCGGUAGUGCAGCUACAAUGAAUAUGUGUUCCAAGUGUCAAAAGGACAUGAUACUAUUGAAGCAGGAACAUGCAAAGCUUGCAGCUGCAUCCAGCAAAGACGUCGUACGUAGAAGCUCAAGCAGCGAUGAAUCAGAACUUGCUCUUGCAGAUGCCGUGGUUGCAUCUACAGAUUUAGCCUCUCAGAUUUCACAAGUGAAGUCAAAAGAGGGUUUGAAAAAGUUCACAGCUUGUCAUAAGCGUGUGGGAUUAACGGGGUUCAGUUGCAAAUGUGGUGCUCUUUUCUGCGCAGUUCAUCAUUAUUUAGACAAACACAACUGCCCGUUUGAUUAUAGGAAUGCUGGUCAGAAUGCAAUAGCAAAAACAAAUCCUAUCAUCGUAGCAGAAAAGCUUAAUAAGAUCAAACAAGCACCUAUCAAAAGGUUGUAUGAACUGAAGCAAUGUCCAUCUUUCGAUAAGUUGGCCUUGUCUUACAGGGUGACGAUGAAG